AUGUCCGAGUCUGCAGUACCGAGAAAUCCCACUUCCCCUGAUGAGACCUUCCGCAAUGCCACCGCCUGUUUAUCCCAAAAGCUCAAGGCCCAGGAAACCCAGAAGUUCUUUUCUCACCAGCUGUAUUCAAUCAUCUUCGUCUUGCUCACUAUCGUCCAGCUGAUGGUCGGCGCAACAAUCACCGCCCUGGGACCAUUAUCCGGCAGAUACAUGGUGGUAAUCACCAUCCUAGGGGCCGUGACUACCGUCAUCGCUGGUCUCCUUGCCUUCAUGGAGGGUCGUGGAUUGCCACAACGUCACCGGAAGGAUUUGGUUGAGAUUAGAAAAGUUCAGACGUAUAUUGCAGGAGCGGAGAUUAAGCUGAAAUAUGGCGAUCGCGCUCGUGCAGUUCGAGACGUUGAUGCUUUCAUCGAGGAAGCCCGCGCCCGGUACGAGAGAAUGCAGAACGUCAUAGACAUGAAUCACCCUGACUCUUAUGCGGAUGGGCCCCAGUUAGAGAGAUGCAACCGAUUAGAGGGACAUCGCCCAGUCGCGGAUGAAAGGACGCCCCUACUCAGAGCCGCCGCGGCAAGGGCCACCGGAGCUGACGAGGAAGGUGGCCUUGGAGGCAGAUGA